UGGAGGAGCAAACUACUGGCUGGGUACCAGGUGAGUUAGGGUCAGGGUUAAGACCCAUCCACGACAUGCCCCAGGCACACUGGAGGAGCAAACUACUGGCUGGGUACCAGGUGAGUUAGGGUCAGGGUUAAGACCCAUCCACGACAUGCCCCAGGCACACUGGAGGAGCAAACUACUGGCUGGGUACCAGGUGAGUUAGGGUCAGGGUUAAGACCCAUCCACGACAUGCCCCAGGCACACUGGAGGAGCAAACUACUGGCUGGGUACCAGGAGAUCCCAUUCUACCACAUCUGGAACGGUUCCCAGCGGUUCCUCCACUGUACCUUCACCCUGGAGCGGCUCAACCUCAGUACCUGUGAGCUCACCUGUCAGCUGUGUGUCUGGCAGGUAGAGGGGGAGGGACAGAGCUUCAGCCUCGACUUCAACAUCGCCAAGGACAGUCGGCCACUGGACCCGGAGUUCCUGCUGAUGGACACUAACCCUAGCGGGUCAGCUCUAGCAGGACCCAGUGCUUUCCAGAUCCCCUAUCUCAUCAGGCAGAAGAUCUGCAGCAGCCUGGAUACACCUUGUCCCAACGGGGCCGAUUGGAGACUGUUGGCCCAGAGACUCAAACUUGACAGGCACAUGAGUUUCUUUGCGUCCAGGGCGAGUCCCACCAGUGUGAUUCUGGAUCUGUGGGAGGCCCAACACUUCCACAGUGGAAACCUGAACCAGCUGGCUACCGUCAUGGCCGACAUCGGCAAGCAGGAAGCUAUGAUCUUCCUGGUCUCAGACGGAGAGUGCUAGCCCAGGCUCUGUUCAACACUGCACCUUAUUCCCUAGAUAGUGCACCAAAGUAGGUGACUACCUAGGUAAUAGGGUGCCAUUUGUGAUCGGCCCCCUAAAGAGAGAGAGGACUGGAACAGGGUAGAAUAUACAGACACAAGAGAGGAGAACGCUCCCCCCCUUUCUCUCCUCUACAAGAGAGGAGAGAAGAGAAGAACGGAACACCCCCUCUCUCCCCUCCUCUACAAGAGAGGAGAGAAGAACGGAACACUCCCCCUCUCUCUCCCCUCCUCAACAAGAGAGGAGAGAAGAGGAGAAUGAAACACUCCCCCUCUCUCUCCCCUACCCUACAAGAGAGAAGAGGAGAGAAGAAUGGAACACUCCCCCUCUCUCUCCCCUACCCUACAAGAGAGGAGAGAAGAGGAGAACGGAAAACUCCCCCUCUCUCUCCCCUACCCUACAAGAGAGGAGAGAAGAGGAGAACGGAACACUCCCCCUCUCUCCCCUCCUCUAUGAGACAAGAGGAGCUAAACAGAACCGGGAUUUGGGAACAGGGUUCAUGUAUGUUAUGUUAGAUCUAUCUAUCCCCCCAUGUCUCCAUUCAGAACCUGGAUGUCUGGAGAAAGCAGGACCUGGGAGGGAGCUGGUCCUGUGAAGUUGUUUCUGAGUGAUGUGCUUUUGUCAAAGUAAGGCAGGGAUUCAAUCCGUAUAGCGCUGUCGACAAUGCAUCUGUUAAACGCAAUGUCCCCACAUUUGCGGAGAUCACAUUCAAGGUAAACGCUGCAGAUGUCGGCUGAAUUGGUUUUGCCUUUUUUAAAAGGCGUGUACUCGACAAAGCAUGAUCAGAUUGAAUCCUGGUCCAAAGUUACUAUGCCACAGGACCGGAGAAGAUAUCUGGUACACGGUAUGGUAUAUAACUAUGUCAGACAGGUGCACAAAGAGCUUUUCAUGUUGUUUAAGUCAAGUUCAGUAGCCAUCAAGGUUUAAAGUAUAACCUUAUAUCCAAGAGACUUAGGAUGAGAUGAUCGACAAGCAUUUACCAACACAUGGGCCAUACUUUGCCACAAAGUAACAAUAUGCAAAAUAAUCAUAUUAUUCAUGGUUAUCAUGAAAAGACAAUGUCACAAUGUCAAGUUGGAUUAUUUCUGUUUAUGUUUAGUCAGAGACAAACAUGAUCACGUUCAAUAUCUCAUAUCUUAACCUCCCAGAGAAAUUUGAAGUGUUACGUCACUGGUCAAACAUCAGAGUCGAUUUAUUUCUGCAACUGGCUGGACCAUAUUGUGAAGGAAAAAAACCCACAAAAGUUAUCACUAGGGUCUAUAACACUUCACUCGCUGUCCAUCCAUUAACCCUGUGGUGUAAUCUGAUCUGUUUCUUCAUCUGUCAUCACCUAAGGUUUAAACAGGCAGUAAAAAAAAAAUGAGCUGGACUUUUAGGCAGGCGAUAGGUUUUAUGUCAUGAUUCUAACACAUCUCCCUAGACAUUCUGUUAGAUUGUUUUGUCGCAGUCCUGUAUCAAGUCAAAGUGAAACCUCACCACAGUGACAGAGUCUGUAAUAUCAGUUGAGGCGUUCCACAGUUCUAAUGCUCUCAAAUCAAUAUUUUCUAUUUAUGGGUAUGCCUUUUAGAGGAAAUGUUAAGUUAUCGGUUAGAUACAUUUCCGAAAGGGUUUCUACAAUUGUUUUACUCUAAGCUCAAGACCUAAUUUUAUUUUCAAAUUUAAUAGUACCAAAUGUCUCAUGGUGAGAUUUCGUAUUUAUAAAAUUCCUCAGCUUAUUAAGGUGAGAUAGGGAAUAUUCUCUCUCUCUCUCUCGCUCUCAUAUAUACACUACCGUUCAA